AUGGCCCAAACACCGUCGACGGGAAAAGGCUCUAGAGGAGGUCACAGUCGCUCAUUUGGUGGCUGCGAGAACUGUCGCCGACGCCAUCUGAAGUGCGAUGAGACUCGACCGUUCUGCCUCGUCUGCCAGCGAGAUGGACGUGAAUGUGCCGGAUAUGUAAGGAACAUCUUCUUCUGGCCUGAUGACCGCGCCGCCGCAGACCGCAUCCGGCGCCAUCUCUUCACUGACACAGAGCAACGCGCCAUGAGCGAGUCGCUUCUGGCCCAUACCUCACAGGAAGAUGCGGUGAGGUUCCUGCAGGAGAUCGACGCCGAGGGCGAGAAUGUGUCCGAAAUCUUGUCUGUGCCGUUUGAAGCUGCUCGGGGACCUUUCGGGGUGCUUCGAUUCAUCAAGCCGGUUGAACAGCAGCACCUCUUGAGUGUCCCCGUCCCCGUCCCCGUCCCAUGCCCUGCUGAUUGCACAGUCUCGGGCGAGAAGGAUGUGCCAGACUCAUUCGCUUGGGACUGUGACUUUCUCGGCGACAUCGCACCACCCGACUUAGCCUCACAAUACGGGUUGCCCCCUCUUGCCUCUGCAGAUUCCGACUUCCCAGACCUGAGCAAUUCAAUGGGGGAGAUUUGGACAGGGAUAGAUCCGGAGAAUACGGCCCAAGAUGAUGAGAUGGGUAGGGCUCCGACCCAGCUGCCACUUCUUACCUCCUUGAGCCCGGCGGUAUCCACCAACCGUCUCCCCGAGGAUGCGGCGUUUCUCCUUAACCACUACGUGAAUUCCGUGAUUGGCUUCAUGACUCCUGUCAGAGGCACCAAAUCCCCUUGGCAUAUCAUUUUUUAUACACAUGCCAAAGAGACAGUGGCGACCUUGGCGCUGGGCCAAACCCCGGAUUCUGCCAGUUUGAGUAUCUUCUAUGCCAUUCUCUCUGUCAGCGCCUACAGGUCGAGGAUAGCCUCAGUAAGUCAAAUUUGGCAUGUUCAGGCGAACAAAUACAAGGUGAAAGCAUUGGAAAGCCUCAAACAGGCCAUACGCGAGGCGUCCACCGUGCCCAAAAAAUUCAAAUAUAAGUCAUUAUUGGUGGCGUUACUCACCAUGAUUCAAGUCGCUAUUCUAUCGGGCGCACCAGAUCAGGCAGAGUACUAUCUGUUUGACGCGGAGAAGCUGAUUCGGUUGCGCGGCUUGACCAAACCCCAAAAGUCCCGAAGGGUUCGUCUACUGCAUCACUGUUACUCAUACCAGCGGAUCCUCUACGAAAGCACCUUUGUCCUGGCUUCUGAGAGUAGUCAGCGGAACAGUGUCCUCCGAGCGGUUGAGCGGAGCGGCUCGUGCAUUGCUGACCAAGACAGUCCGACGUUCAAAUUGGGCCGCUGGAGUCGACUGGAAGAGACCAUGCGCGAGAUCAAGAGCAAGGAAUCUGGCGAGAACGAUCUCCACUUAGAGAGACCGGGAAUAUGGUCUGCCUCCCUUUAUCCCGACAUUUUCGGGCUUCCCGAGUCCUUCUUAGUCCUUUUGUCGCAGGCAAUUCGCCUUGGCAACGAAAGGGACACUGGUAAUGCCGAACUCAGCUGGAGCGAAUUCUGGAGCCGAGCGAGUUCCUUGGAACGGUGCAUCUUGCAAUGGCAGGAGACUUACCAGACUGAAUUGGAUCGGAAUACCGGCACGUUAGACCGCCAUGUUGACGACAGCCGCUCCGCCUUGGGCCACCUUCUAGGAGCACUCAACCACGCGUUGUCCAUCUACUUUUAUAGAAGAGUCUACGACCUCGACGCUUCGAUUCUGCAAGGAAAAAUCAGCCUGGUCAGAGACCAUCUGCUGCAAUAUGACCAGCACAAUGCCGGCUUCGCACGCUACCAUUCGGGCUUUAUUUGGCCCGCCUUCAUCGCUGCGUGCGAAGCUACUGACCCCGUCUUGCAAGCCUCCUUCUCCAUGUGGUUCAAGCAGGGUGUCGAAGAAACCGGAUUGCCCUCCAUGACCACAAUGUUGGGGGUAGCGGAACAGGUCUGGGCCGCAAAACGCACUGGAGCUCACAAACACAGCUGGCGGGAAGUACUGAGAAAAAACAACAUCUGCCUUUUUUACUCAUGA